AUGUUAAUUAAUAGGUCAAAGCAUAAAUUUAUUGUUGUAUCAAUGAUACUUGGAUUAACAAUAAUUUAUAAUGAAUAUCUAGUUUAUGAAAUAAAUAGUUCUACUUGGAAUUUUAAAAAAUGCACAGAAUGUGUCAGAGUAUUACUCGUUGCAGAUCCACAGAUACUUGGUGAAUAUAAUGAAAAUUAUAUUGGUGCAUCAUUUGCAAUAUGGGAUAGUGAUAGAUAUUUGGCAAAAACAUUUGCAAGAGCAUUAAAACACUCUGAGCCACAUGUGAUAAUAUUUCUUGGUGAUAUUAUGGAUGAGGGACACAUUGCAACAACUCAACAAUUUGUACGAUAUAAAAAUCGUUUUGACAAUAUAUUUUAUACUCCAGAUCACAUAAUGAAAAUAUAUUUACCAGGUGACAAUGACAUUGGUGGAGAAGAGGAUUCAGUUUCAUCACGUAUUCAUGAUAGAUUUAAAUUUACUUAUUCUCAACCAGACACUAUUAUUCAUGACAAUGUUAUAUUUUUCAAGGUCAAUAGAUUAAUAAAUUAUAUGCCAAAUGCACCAAAAGAUGCUUUUCUCAAUGAUUAUGCUGAACAAAAUGUGACAAAUGUUGUUCUUAGUCAUGUACCAUUAUUAUUUAAUCCUGGAUAUUUUGUUAAAAAUGUAAUUAAAGAAUUAUCACCUCAAAUAAUAUUUACUGCUCAUGAACAUAAAGCAAUGCAUUUAAUUAUUGAUACGACAAUUGAUCAAUUUGGUAAAAGUCGUAUAUUUAAAACUCAUGAUAAUUCAAUAUAUCAAUUGAGAUUUGACAUGGGUGAUAUUCAUGAAAUUCAAAUUCCAUCAUGUUCAUAUAGAAUGGGAUCAAUUGAUAAUAUGGGCUAUGGAUUAGCAUACAUAGAUACAAGAGAUAAAUCUGUGGAUUUUACAAUAUUAUGGUUACCAUCAAGAUUUCCAAAACUCAAAGGAUAUCUAUGGAUAAUAGCAAUUAUAUUAUUUUCAUUUGUUGCAAUAUUAGUAUGCAAUUGUUUUGCUUCAUCAUCAUCACCAUCAUCAUUGUAUAAUAAUAAUAGUAAUUAUAUGAUGUAUAAUCAUUUAAUGAUUAUAUAA